UUAUUUUUGUUUUAUUUCUUCUGUUCAAUUAAUUAUGUCGUCUCCAAGUGCUGGUAAAAGGAGAAUGGACACUGAUGUUAUUAAAUUAAUUGAAGCAAAUCAUGAAGUAAUUAUUACGGGUGGCUUAAAUGAAUUUUUGGUUAAAUUUUAUGGGCCUAAAGGAACAGCAUAUGAAGGAGGUGUUUGGCGUGUUAGAGUCGAUUUACCAGAAAAAUAUCCGUUCAAGUCUCCUUCGAUUGGUUUUAUGAAUAAAAUUUAUCACCCAAAUAUUGAUGAAGCUUCUGGUACUGUUUGUUUGGAUGUGAUAAAUCAGAGUUGGACAGCUUUAUAUGAUUUAUCCAAUAUUUUUGAAUCUUUUUUACCUCAAUUACUCACUUAUCCAAACCCAACUGACCCAUUAAAUGGAGAAGCAGCGUCGUUAUAUUUACACAAACCUGAAGAAUUUAAAAUAAAAUGUGGGGAAUAUGUUCGCAAAUAUGCAACAGAAGAAGUUUUGGAAGCAUUAGAUAGACGAACUGCCAGUGGUGGAAUGGAUGACACUGAAUGCGAUGAUAAUGAUGAGUCAGACUCUACAAUUUCUGAUUUUUAUGAAGGUUUUUUUAUUUUGUUUUUGGGGAAAUUUUAA